UAGCGUUUGUAUGUUCUAGCUCUGGGGUGAUUUGAAUCGUUAGGGAUGUUUAUUUAAGUUCUUCUAUCUUCCUCUCCCUCCUUCAUUUAAACCACUCCCACACCUCACAUUAUCCCCCCUUCUCCUUGAGUUUCUGUCAUCCAUUUUCUUUCCAGAGCUGGAGGUCCAAUGGCCUGUCUUUCCAAAUCACCUUCAGCCCAAGGAAGGCGGCUGUUUGAGCUGCUGGAAGAGCAGCAGGAGCCUUUUCUGCUCGAAGUUUACCUUCUAGAGAAUGGGUAUUCUAAUAGGGUCCUGAAGUCGCAGGCUGCAAGCAUGUGUUGGCCUGGUGGUGCAUUCCAGAGGCUGCAGAGGCUUAGCAGUCAUGGUCUCAAGAGGAGAUGUGGGUUCCUUAGGUGCAUCCUCACCAAGGUUUUGUAUGGGAAGGCUGCCAAGAAGGCCUUGGAUUGGGACCGCAAGGCGCCUGAGAAUGGGAGAUCGAGUUUCUUCGAUUGCUUCACAGAAAUGGAACGCAAGAACCAUGAUGUAGAACCUGGCGGCAGCUUCUCAUGUCCCAGAGGCAGUGGCAGUGCCAGAGAAUUGGAUGGAGAUGGUCAGUGGAAAUGCAUGGAGGUGGAGGAGGACUUGGAGCAGCACAGUCCUGUUUCAGUGCUAGAGCUGCGUUCUUGUGAAGGCUCCCCCGCUCACAGUCGCAAUAAAGAAGAGAACAAAUCGACAUCUAGUCUCGAUUCGACAGCAGAAGCUUUAGACAUGAUCAAAGAGCUUCUCGAAGCUGCUUGUUCUCCUUCCUUCAAUCAGUUUGCUAAAUCAAACAAAGUGUUGCAUCAGCCAGAGCAGCUGCUGCUGGAUUGUGUGAGGGAGGUGGAAGAAAAGAUCUGUGCUUCCCAUGAGUCUUUGAGCCCUGAAAUGACCCGAAAAAUCAUCAAUGAGGAGAUCCUUUCAUGGGAGAUGCAAAAAGGAGAUUUGAUGAGGAUAAGCAACUUGAUAUUUUCAGAUGUGUCCAACUCGAUGAGGGAGUGGAAUCGCUUUCGGUCUCAGAUGAGAGAGAUUGUUAUUGAAAUAGAAGCUGCCAUUUUUGAAGAAAUCACGGAAGGCUUUGUCUUGAAUUUGCUGGACUUCCCUUGUACAUAUGAAAAGUUUUGAUUCUAUAUAUAAAAUAGAAUUAUUUUUCAGCAG